GGAGACAGAAUGAACAAAUCCUCUUGUCCUUGUAUCAGCUUUGACUUUACAGGCAGAUUUCUGCCUCCUGUUUACAUCAUAGUCUUCAUCAUUGGUCUGGUAGCUAACGGAUGGGGACUGAAGUCUUUGCUGCACAACUGGAAGAAGCUAAAAAUCAUCAAUGUUUUUGUUCUCAACCUUGGACUUCCUGAUAUUUUGUACCUGCUCACUCUCCCAUUUUUGGUGGUGUACUACUUUAUGAAGAGUAAAUGGAUCUUUGGAGACGCAUUCUGCAAGAUAACAAGAUUCUUCUUCAACCUGAAUCUCUAUGGCAGCAUCGGGUUCCUCACUUGUAUAAGUGUUUACAGGUAUCUGGCUGUUGUCCAUCCACUGAGAGUGAUUGGAAGAUUAACUCUGACUCAUUCUGUGGGGAUCUCAGCGAUGGUUUGGGUCUUGGUGAGCGCUCAAAGUCUCCCGGAUGUGUUCUACAGCAAAACAUAUGGAAACAACACUGAGAAAUGUUUCGAUACAACAGAUAACACCUAUGUUGAGAGUUAUCUGAAAUACAGCCUUGGAUGGACAUUCAGCGGGUUUUGUAUCCCAUUCCUCAUCACACUGGGCUGCUAUGGACAUGUGAUUGUUGUUCUCUGCCGCACAAAUGCCACUGAAACGGUACAGAAACAGAGAAGUCUGAAGUUGUUGUGCAUCUUGAUUCUUCUCUUCUCUGUUUGUUACAUCCCCCAUCAUUUUUUCAAGAACCUCAACCUCUGGUCAAGAGUUCUGUACAAACAGAAGAAAUGUCGUGAAUGGUCCAAUGGAGUCUACAUCGCUCAUCAGAUAAGUCGUGGCCUUGCAUGUCUGAACAGUGCUCUCAACCCUCUGGUUUACCUCCAUGGUAAUGAAGAUAUUCCUGCUCAGCUCAGACAGCUGCUCCAACAAGCGCGUCCGAGGUUCAGCUUGGGCACAGGUACCACGCAGGAUGUCUUCCACAGCUGUGGUACUCUUCCCAGCCUCAGGCUCAGGUUGAAGAUGGUUUCAACUAUCCCGCACAGUUGGUCUGCGCAGGACUUCAGGAGCCUGGAGCUGAUGCCGUCUGGACCCGCAGCCUUCCUCGUCUUUAUCUUCCUCAGCUGA